GGAUUGUGGGAAAUUUAGCAACUCGUUGCAAAUUUUUUGCAUAUGCAGCAGCCUGUUGUAAGGGUAGUAGCUAGACACGUUAGCUAUAUUACAGCAGGUUUUUUUUAAUUUAUUUUUAUAUUUCGUGGUGCAAUAUUACCGCGAACAUUGCCAAAGCCUCAUAAUGACCUCAGCUUCAUGGGGCCUCUCGUUUAUUCUUGCCGUCAGUAUUCUUAUUGCAUACCCAAGUCCCUCUCAUGCCUGGGAUUCAGACCUUGAGCUGUACGAUCUGGUGGAGGAAAUUCAACAAAACUUUUACGAAUUCCUAUCUGUUGAACAGGAUGCCUCGUCAGUGGACAUCAGAAAGGCCUAUCGCAGGCUGUCGCUCACUCUGCAUCCCGACAAGAACAAAGAUGAAAACGCUGAAACCCAAUUCCGACAGUUGGUGGCCAUCUAUGAAGUACUGAAAGAUGAAGAGAGGAGAGAGAGGUAUAACGAUGUCCUGGUCAACGGGCUACCGGACUGGAGGCAGCCAGUGUUCUACUACAGACGGGUGAGGAAGAUGAGCAACGGGGAGCUGGGCUUCCUGCUCUUCCUCAUCCUCACCGUGUGCCACUACGCCGUCAUCUGGUCCAUCUACCUGGAGAAGCAGCUGGAUGAACUUCUGAGCAAGAAGAAAAAGGAGAAAAAGAAAAAGAUGAGUAGCAAGAGUGCUGAAGAAUCACGGUCUGUUGGACAGGAUAAAAUGGAGAAGUCACAUGACAAACCUCAAUGGCAGGAUAUCCUGCCACUCAAGCUGAGCAUUUGGCUGUAUCUCUCUGUCAAGUCCCUCCCCCAUGUCAUCCAGGACGCCAAACAGUAUUACGAAGAUUAUAAGGAGAUGAAAAUCAGAGAGAAAGAGGAAGCGGAAGCCAUGGUACUGGCAGAACAGGAAGCUACAACAAUAAAAGAGAAACGACCCAAAGUGAAGAAGCCGAAGUUUGAGUUCCCUGUUUAUGAGCCUUCGCUCACGGUCGCAGACAGCGCGUACUCACCAGUAUACGACCAGGGAACGUCCAUUGAGGAGAUCGAAGACCAGAUGGAUGACUGGCUAGAGGAUAAGAAGUCUCAGAAGAAAAAGGCACCUGAGUGGUCAGAAGAGGACAUCACUCUUCUGACAAGGAGUAUGGCCAAGUUCCCUGGGGGAACACCUGGUCGCUGGGAGAAGAUCGCACACGAACUAGGAAGAUCGGUGACAGAUGUUACUGCAAAAGUCAAACAAGUUAAAGACGGUCAAACCAACACAUCAGGGCUGGUGAAGCUCUCAGAGCUCAAGGCCCAGGGCAGCGCCGCACUCUCAGGAAAGGGAUCCAAAGCUGGGGCUGGAGCUGUACCCGACAGCAUCAUGACCCAGCGAGAACACCCGCAACCCCAGCCUCCGGCAGCAGCCACGGCAGAGUGCACGGAGCCCAGCAGUGGAGGGGAUGAAGGAGAGGGCAUCCAAGCAGGAGGUGUCAGGAGGAGAGGCAAAAAGACUGGGGGUGGAGGGGUGGGGGGCGAGGACAAAGCCAAGGGGCGCAGACAGAGGGACUUCGACCCCACAGCUGCUGCCGAGGAGGACAGCGAGGAGGAGCAGAGUCCGCCCGCCUCCUCGGUACCACAACCCUCCAAGGAGAAGCCCACUGCGGCGGCUGACGACGUCUGGACCCAGAACCAGCAGAAGCUUCUGGAGCUGGCCCUGCAGCAGUACCCGCGAGGCACCACGGAACGCUGGGACAGGAUUGCCAAGGUGGUGCCCGGGAAGAGCAAGGAGGAGUGUAUGAUACGUUACAAACUUUUGGCUGAGCUGGUGCUGAAAAGGAAGCAGGCCAAGAGCUGACUCCGCCAAGGACGGCCAUCUUGAAAUCACUUUCUGGGUCCUAGCCCCUUUUCCUAGCUUCUAUCCCCUUCAAUGUGAUCUGAAAGCCCUGGCUAGAUGAAGGCAAUAUAGUGAAAAAUCCACAUCGCAUAUUGUUGGGCCAUAUUGCUUUUACCUGUCCAGUUUCUUCAGAUCUGUGAACAGGACAGGGAGAGGAGCAGGGGGAAAGGGCCAUAUUCUCAUGUCUGUCAUGUGCCUUAGCUCCGCCCAAAGCAUGCCAUCCAGCCUCCUCUCUGAACUACCAUGUGAGGGAGGGUUCAAAGCACCAACAAAAAACGUCAAUACUUUUUUUGUACUUCAAUAUGUUUUGACUUCUGCUUUGCUCUGUCAUUUGAAAUCACAUGUAUUGAAUAUAACUUGUUUGAGAUGAGGAAAUAAACUGUUUUAUUUAUUUA